AUGGCGGUGGAUUUGACUCCUAGGUUUAGAAAGCUGAACAGUCAAACGACUUGUUUCAACGGAAAGAAACUUCCAACAGUGACAGGACCGUUUAGAGCAACACAGUUGUGGCGUAACAUCAUAGAGGCCUUACAGAUGCAGGUGGAUGUCAGACAUCGCCGACAGCACUUGCGAGUACACAGAGACUGCUUCACUGGCUCUGAUGCUGUCGACGUGGUUCUCAGCCAUCUCAUGCAGAACAUCUAUUUCUGCACCAGUGACGUGACCCGCCUCAAAGCUGUCAGGCUUUGCCAGGCCCUCAUGGAUGCCCGGGUGUUUGAACCUGUUGGUGUGAAACUCUUUCGUAGGGAAAAAGAGCUGGCCUUUGAGGACUCCGGCUGCAGUCUCUACCACUUUCUGGAUUCUGACGGCCUUCCUGGAUCAGCCAAACAUUGUGGUGAUAUGGAGAAUGAAACACAUUUGAAAGAAAAUGGGAAGAAGAAGAAGAGCUCUAGGUUUGAUGACUUAAAGACAAUUUCCAACCCCUUGGCACUGGGAUCCUCAGACAGAAGGGUGGAGAGAAUACUGAAAACCAUUAACCUCCAGCCGUCAAUGCCUUCUGGCCUGAAUCGGGUCGGUUUAUCUUCUACCUACCUCUCAAAGCAAGUGGUACAGGAAGUUUGGAAACAACAAACCCUCCUCCAGCUGUUGCAGUUAGUGGAGGUGCCUGUGUUAGACUGCAUCCUGACAUCACCCUCAAAACCCGCUCCUCUUCGCAUGCGUUUGCUGAGGAACCAUGACCUGGUCAUCUCCAACACCUGUGUGGACCGGGAAGUGACUCACAUCCUCAACCUGCCAGAACUGGACUCGUGGCUGAUGGCAGCUGCAGACUGUCUGGAGCUGUUUUCAGAUGAGGUGAUAGUAGCAACAGGGGAGCAGCUGCUUCACAUCCAUGCUGUGGAGGGGGACGAGAAGCUGCGCGCCUACAAGAAACUCUUAUUCGAUGCCAUAGCUAAGUAUUACAACAGUCAGGAGAGAUUUCCCCUGCUGGCUGGACGUUACAUGGACAUCCAUGCAGGCAUCCUUAAACUACAAGACUCAGGCAGGUCUGACGAUGCUCUCAAGGCGUCUCAGCUGUGUCUGCGACUUCUGGAUGCCAGCUCCAGAAACGAACUGCGCCGACUCCUGAGAUUCAUGGCUGAAGCUGCAAACCCCAAGGCCUUCCAGCUACACAAAACAAUGGAGAACAGGACCCUGAUCAGCAGGACCUUCAUGAAGGCUGUGCUCCAGAGUAAAGAUGUGUCUCGUGCCCAGUGUGAGCAGCUCCUACUGUUUCUCAUGGACCACCAUUUAAUUCUGUUUAAGACCCCAGUGUCUCUGAUCGAGGCGGUGACGAAGGCCUUACAAACUCUGCAGCAAGGGCGGGAUCCAGAUAACGUAGCACUGUUCGCGUUCUGUCAGCAGAUGUCCACCCAGCAAUUUGAGGAACAACGAGAGAAGAACACCUUCGAGAGCUUGAAACAGCUCAUUGAUCAUAUUACCCUUAGUAACCAUCUGUCAAUCAAACAGAGGAGGCGGCUCAUCAAGGAGUUUCAGAAGCACCACCCAGCAGUGUUUCUCCACCAUUUCUCCUCCACCUUCUAGAACAUGCUUCAUAGUUUCUCCAAGGAAGGCUCUUUUCUUUUACUUGGCAAAAACAUACGUUGUUUAUGCUUUAAACAGAAACAGAUCUGUUUUAGUACACAAACCUAAUGAUGUAGUAUUACACUGACAAACUGAUAGUUCACACUGAUCUUUGAAACAAAAGGUAAUCUGCUCCACAUGCACACAUUAGUCAUCAAAUGACUUAUCUUUUACUUUUUUAUUAUGAUCAAGAAAAUAUGAUUCUAAAUGUUGCGAAAAUAUUACUAUAGAAUAUUUACUAUUACUGACUUCUGUGGUCAUUUAAUCUCACAUGAAACUGCAGUUGUUCAGCUUGUUUGGAUGUUUAUCAGGUAUCAGGUACACAAUGAUUAUUUGUUGCUUAUUUGUUUAUCACUGAUUUUGUAGUUUUUUCUUAUUUUUGCAAAUAUUCCACAGCUGAGAAUGACUUGAACGAAUGAACUUAUACACAAGUUGAAUCUAAUCUAAUCUGAAUAGUCAGGGAUGUGCUCAGUAAAACAAAACAGUUACAGUUGUUUAAGGUUUCAUUAAACAGCAGUAGUAGUAGAUUCACUGAACAGUAAAUGUAGAAAUAUGAUUUUAUGGCUGUGCAUAUUAUGAUUUGACUAUAAUUAAUGGUUCUAAUGUAUUCUAAUGUAGAAAAUGAUCUUUUUUCUGAUUUAUAGUACUUAAUUUAUUUGAAUGGUUCACAACACUGAAAUUGUAGAAAAGGAAAUUUGUUUUUUGUUUCAAAAGAUAGUGAGGUUUAAUUCUAUACAUGCUUUUUGAUUAACAGUAAUUAUAAGUUUUGUGAAUAUUUUAUCUGGUUGUAUGGGGUGCAAAAAUUGUAGGAGAAUUUAAACAUGAUUGUACAGGUAGUGCAGCAAUAAUACGUUUGUGUAGUAAUAAUAAGGUUGUGUUAUUGUUUUAUGACAUUUCCUCUACACAGCCAAAUGUUUGUGGACACCUGAACAUCACACCCAUAUGGGCUUGUUGAAAAUCCCAUUCCAGAUUUAUUCCUGCUUUACUGUUAAAAAUUUAAUUGUACAGCAUCGAAAGACAUUCUGGAAAAUUGGUUACUUCUAGCGUUGAGACAACAACUUUGGAAAGAUCCACACAUGUGUGAUGGUGUCUCACGUGUCCACAAGCGUCCACACGUGUUUAUGGCCAGGUAGCACUUUCAAUCUGCUAUGUAUUCGUAAUAUAGGCAAGAUUCAUUGUGACAGUUUGCCUAUGUGAUUUCUUUUAGUUGAAGAUGCUGUAACAGUGUCGUUACAUGGUUUUGAAUAAAUGUAGUUGAAAUAAAAAUCAUUUGUAGCUAA